GGACAAUCACGAAGGUCCCUUUAAAGAGCCAGAGAAGGGUGCUUUGUUUCUUAUGGGCAGAGCUGACACACAAUUACAGUCAAAGUCAACAAAUCUGGCCGCCUAACACGCCUCACCAUUCAAGAAAUCGGUGAUCUUGAAACAUCAGGUAAUCAGGAACCAGUUUCGUGCCAUUGCCUCGACGCAGCCUCCCAUUUAAUACGUUUUGAGAUUUAAUCUCUACAAGUUUCAUCGAACUUCGAGGAGUCUUGGGGAUCCUGCCCAGGAUUUGACAGACUGUUUAGGGAUUGAGACUCCUCUAGAUAAAACACCUUCAAGAACUCACCGAGAUAAGGGAGGAACAUAUGCAGUCAUCUGGUUAAUUAUACGUGGAUAAACAGAAAAUACACGGUAAUGACAAAGGACGUCAGAAAAGAUAUAAAUAAAGAAAUGGAAAAACGGGCCGCAAAGUUAAUUAGUACUCGACGGGUAGUCCGAAGUUUUGUGUCGUUUCCGUAAAUAGAGUAAAUCGUGGCACGAAAUACUGACCAGAACAUCCAUCAAGUCAAGAAUAUUCGUUCGAUUUGGCAAGGAGCAGCAAACAAACAACACGUCAUUAUGUCCAACAUUAAUUGCUCAACCAACACGCAGAUGACCUCAAACUGUACAGAUCUGGGAACAAAGCGAAGCAAUUACAGCACUCCUUAUGUAAACGGGAUGACAUUUUUCUAUAUUUUAAUCAUCGCCACUUCUCUAACAGCAUACGGAAUCGUCAUCGCAACUGUUUGCGUCAAUCGGCGUUUGAGAACGACGUGCAAUUAUUUCAUCGUCAGUCUUGGCAUAGCGGAUUUAAUGAUCGUUUCCAUGGUUAUUCCAAUAGGCAUUGGCUUGAUUCAGGGAACAUUCCGCUUCAAGUCAGCCGAACAAUGCGUAUUUUUGUCUACAGUGAACUUAGUCAGCCUCUCAGCCGUGUCUUUGAAUCUUUGCACUGUAAGUAUGGAGAGAUACUUCGCUAUUGCCUUUCCCUUCAAAUACGAGGCAUUCACGACGACCAAAACCACCGCGGGAGUAAUAGGCGCUGUUUGGGCGUAUUCAUUAGUUGCCGCUCUGUUACCGAUGAUGGGUUGGAGAGCUCGGCCUGCAGCGCUUCGAAACAAUGUCUGCCUCAAUGACAACGUUGAAAGCUACACUCUCUUCAUGGCCAUAGGAAGUUUCUUCAUUCCUGCGUUCAUUAUGUUAAGUACAAACACAAUUGUUUAUCGCAUCGCCACGAGCCAGGCGAAGCGGGUUUUUCGCAUCGUUCCAGUAAUGGGUCCAAGCGCUGAAAAACUCCGUAAAAAUUUCCGAGCAGCGAAGCGCAUUUCUCUCAUUGUGGGUGCGUAUCUCCUUUGCUGGGUCCCUCAUAUGGUGGUGCUGGUAAUGGGGCUUAUUAUAGGGGCACGCAACAUACCACUUUUUGUGUACCCAAUCACUUUGUCCCUACAAUACAGUUGCUCGGCUGUGAACCCAUGUCUAUUCUGUUUUACCAACCGAGAGAUGAGAGGCACAUUGAAAAGACUUGCAUGGAGAAUCUUACGAAGGACACCCAACAUAACACAUUCAAGUAAUGGAGGCUUGGCGCUAGAAAGGAGGCGAUCCACUGCUCACAGAAUGAGCCAAGCUACAGAUAUUUCUACUUUGGGAAGUAAAGGCGACUCAAAGACAACCGUAGGGGUAUGCCCUACAGAUUUUUCAGCUUAAAAAGAAAAUGAUGGAAGCCACUUCCAAAUUUGAACCUUCUUCUUGACCAGCAUGAAAAUGGAUCAAGUAAUACAACAUUUACGUGGACCGAAAAUACGGCUUUUGCGACAAAAGUUACCUCAUCAUCAUCAUCAUCAUCAUCAUCUUUAUUUCCUUUAUUUUAACAAAACAAAAAUUUAUUCACAGCAUUAACAACUAGAAGGCGAGGAGACC